AUGGGCCAUCCUGGAGGCGCUGGCAUCGUUUCUGCCAACACAACAUCGGUUCAGGGCGACGGGUCCGGGCUCAAGCUUGUUGCAGGCCCCGACGCCGACUACCAGCAAGCCCAUUCCCACGACGAGGAGGAGCCUGUGAUCCAGUUCCCCAAGCGCGAGUCAGCUGCUCCGGUAGAGCUCUUCUACGAUCUCUGGUUCGUCGCCAACCUCAAUGUCUUUACGACGCUGCACCCCAUCACCGACGUUACCAACCUGGGCUCCUUUAUCAAAUACUUUCUACUGCUCUGGAUUACCUGGCUCAUCACUACCGUCUUUGAUGUCCGCUUCGGCCAAGAUGGCGUCUUUGAGCGCGUCGCCCGCGCUGCUCACCUCACAGUCAUGAUUGGUUUCUCGGCCGGCGGCGUCUCUUUCAGCCAGACCAAGCAGCUGCAGCCCAUCUUCAAAGUCAUGUCCCUCUGCCUCAUGUGCUCCCGCUUCGUCCUCGCCAUCCAGUACGGCGUCGUCCUGUUCUAUGCCCGCCGCAACCGCCGAAGCCGAAACAACCUCGCCCUCGCCGUGCUGCUGCACCUUGUGCCCGCCUUUAUCUACAUGGCAGCCACCAUUGCUAUGGCCAGGGGCAGCGACGCCAAGAUCGACUACCUGUGGUGGGCCGUUGCCCUGGGCGAGCUGGCUGCCCUCAUGGUACACGCCACUCUGUCCAAGACGGUCAGCUUUAGUGGUACACACCUGACGGAGCGCCUCAACCUCCUCACCCUGAUUGUCAUCGGAGAAGGCAUCAUCAUCCUCGCCAAGACCAUCACCAAGAUUGUGCAGUACACCUAUCUCAAGGACCCCACCACGAGCUGGUCCUCUGCCCUCUUUGGCCUCAUCGCCUGCGGCGCUGCCAUCCUCUACUUUACCUUCCAGCUCUACUUUGACUGGAUGGAUCACCACAGCCACAUGUCUCCGAUCAAAACGGCCAUUUGGACAGUCCUCCACCUCCCCUACCACAUCGCCAUUGUUCUCACUGUCGAAGGCAGCGGCCAGUGGAUCACGUGGCGACGCACCUACGAGGCUAUCAACGAAGCCCUCUUCUCCCUGAGUACUGGCUUCGACCAAGGCGUGAGCAGCGGCAAGGGCGGACAGGGCGUAUAUGAUGCGGUGGUCGAGGCCUUGGACAAGAGCUACAAGACGUACACGUUCAGCGCCAAGACCGUGUCUACCAUGUUCGAUGAACUUUCUAAGCUUCCGGCGAUUCCCAACUCGUACUGGGAGUCGUUUGACGCCAACCGGGCCAUGACUAACCCCACCGCUAAUGACACGGCCGUCCUUGACAUAUAUUCGACCCUCCAGGUCUCCCUGACGAACGCCAUCUUUAGCACCUAUGGGCUUACCACUUCGUCAAAAGUCAAGACCCAGGCUGAGGCUGAGGGCGAGACUAAUCAGUUUAACGGUGAGGCUAUUGCCUACAACGCCGUGAUCGACCGCCUUGUAAUGAUUUUGGCUUACGUCUUCGUGGCUGGCGGCGCCGCCCUGUUGCUCCUGUCUGCUAUGCACCUCAUGCAGAAGCCCAAGGGCUGGUCCGUCUUCCACUUUAUCCGCCUUGGCCUUCUCACCAUCGCCGGCGUCGCCCUCUGCCUCGUUGCGCUUAUCUCCACCAACAAUAAGAUGACGCAAGACAUGAUGGACAAGCCUUGGACGCUCCCCAUCAUCGCCCUUGUCUAUCUCAUCGCCCUCAUCGGAAGCCACCUGCCGACCCCUGGUGGCGUGAAGACGUCUCACAGCAGCCAGAUGGAGAUGGGCGAGCACAACAAGCCGGGUGACACUGCUCGAAGCUCGCCGUACCACGAUUAA